CCUCCGUCUCCUUCCACCGGCCCAUACUUCACAAAGCAAACAUGUCCGCCGACAACGACGGCGACAGCCAAAUGCUCUCCUCCCCCUCCGACUCCGAAACCCAAACCCCCACCAGCCAAUCGCAAUCCCUAGCCAACUCCACCCUCCUCUCACCCCCCGAACUACACAACCGCCUGGCCGCCGCGCCCGGCGCAAACGCAAACGGCAAACGCCCCAUCAACACCAUCAGCAACGGCACCGACGACGCAGACGACUUGCUUGCUUCCGGUCCUUCGGCGGCAGCGGCGGGCGGGAAGGCGAGGCCGGAGUAUGCGGCGCGCACGCAUGAGCGCAGCGGGUAUACGUGGAGUCGCGAGGAGGAUGCGCCGGGGCAUGCGUGGUUGAGUAAGAAGGCGUUGGAUGAGUAUCAUCGGGCGGCGGAUGUGCUUGUGCAUCGGGAUUUGAUGGUGAAGGGCCGCUACGGAGAUCCGUUUGAGAUGGCGGAGAGGGAGCAGGCUCUUGCCAAUAGCUUGAAGCAGAAGUGAUGUGUGUGUUUUGCGACGAGCGGACGGACGACUCCAUGACGAAGUAUAUUUAGCGAUUGCAUUUGGGUCUGGCGUUUGAUUGCGAUGGAUUACUGCAGCGGGUCAAGAGGAGACUACGCACGCAAUGAAAGCAAGUGUGAUCGUGGCACAAUGCAAAGCUUGAGUCGUUAUAUCAAGCAAUUAGCUGGGAAAAUAAA